CCUCUCCGCACAGCUCUUCUUCACGACAGAAUUACACCACACAAUGGCCUCGUGCGUAUCGUCGCGAACAUGCGCCAGUCGGGCACUUACCCGCUGUCUGCAGCAGCAGCGGACACAGCAGCCCUCGCGCGCAAUUGCUCGCCGCAGUCUACACUCGACGCGGCCGGCGUCCUUGGAUUUGCUGCGCCAUAUCCCGUUCCUGAGACCGGCGAAGCCGAAGGAGACCCAGAAGAUUGCGCUUGACGAGGCGGAGAAGGAGGAGAUGGAGGCGGUUGGGGAGGCUACGGGUACUGCGGUGGCAAAGUCGACUGAGACCGACGGGGAGGAAGCAGAGGAGGUGAGCGAGUACGAGCCACUGCAUCUCUCGGAAUUCGUGCACCGCGUGUCGAAAAUCAAGCCUGUUCCGGUCAAGGGAGUGCAAAACAUCCCUGACAACGCAUACAGAGGCGUCAAGUUGCUCGAGAUUGGAUUACCGGCCAAGAGCACGAACUGGAAGUCGAAGCUGAACGGGUUCAAGGCCACUAUCUGGAAAAACGGCUCGCCGAUAUACGACAAGGAGACCGUCUACAGAAUAGCGCAGAUCGCGGUCGGCGUGCAGCUCGGGCUGGUCGACAUCAAAUGGCCGGAGAACGACGGCGUGAUUGAUCCGAAGCAGAAGAAGAAAGUUGUUCGGCGCGAAAACAAGUUUGCAGAUAUUGCGAUGAGCGCCUCGGUUCCCUCGAUCAACGCGAAAGACUUCCCGCUCGAAAACAUAAACACGCGGUUCGAGGUUGCAAAGAAGCUCGGCCAGUUGACUGGUCGGCCGAUUCCUGACAUCGUGCUCACUCAUGCAAAGAAGGUCAACGACUUUUUGAAGUACUAUGACCAGGACAGCAAGACCCAGGAGAAGUACGGUCUGUUCCAGUUGGAUCCUUACAAUCCCAAGACGACUAGGCUCUAUGUCAAUCCUGCUGAAUUCGUGGGUACAAACGUCAAGAUCACGUCGUGAUCUCUCGUUUGUUCUUGAUUAUGUCUCUGUAUAUAGCUAUUUG